AUGGCUACCCCCAGUGUCCUUACCUUUGAUGCUGAGGGUCGUGCCUCUCCUGCCCCGCCUGUUGAUGCUGACAACACUGUUCGCUCACAGUGGGCCACACGCGAUGCUGCUGCCCGUCUUGCUGUGCGUCGCCACUUACCGACCACUGAGCGUGCGCACUUUAGUCAGUACAAGAGUGCUAAGACCUUGUACGACGCUGUAGUUGCACGCUACUCUUCCCCUGCCACUGCUGCUCUUAGCCGCCUCAUGCUGCCGUACCUAUUCCUUGACCUUGCUGCCUUUCCCACAGUCGCUGACCUCAUUACGCACCUUCGCACUAGUGACACUCGCUACCGCGCUGCGCUUCCUGCUGAGUUCUGUGCCAAGAACCCUCCCCCUAUGUACAUCACCCUCUACUACAUAGGGUGUUCCCCCUCCCCCCUCUUGCCCUCUGUUGCUUCUGCUGCUGCGGCCGACCUCGUUGGCUUCGAGUCGGUCGGCGCUGCGUCUACCCCUAGCGGGAGACCCCGCACCGGCAAGGGCAAGAGGGGCAAGGGCGCUGGAGGGGCUGGCGGGGGCGGUGGAGGUGGCGGUGGAGGCAGUGGAGGGGGUGGGGGUGGUGGUGGGAGUGGUGGCGGGGGUGGAGGUGUCGGUGGCAGCAGUGGAGGCGGAGGAGGCGGCGGCGGUGGCGGUGGGAGCGGAGGCGGCGGAGGUGGCGGAGGCGGCGGCGGCGGCGGUGGAGCUGGACGCGGCUCUACGCAGAGGAGUGGCUCCGGGGGUGGUGGUCCGUGCCAGCUGCAGCAGCGCACUCGUGAGACCCCGUCCCCCCAGCAGCUUCGUGAGUGGUACGCUGGGCGUCAGCGAGGUGGGGGUACUAGUCCCUGUACCUACGUCCUCCGUACUGGCGACCGCGCUGGUGAGCAGUGCGUGGGCUCGCACUCCACCCAGCGCUGCUUCGGCCGCCUGACGGACGCUUGGCGUCACCAGUUCCCUGAGGCCACUGAGAUCCCUCGCUGGGGAGAGCUGUCUAGGGCGGGGGUUGCUAUCUUUGAUCUUGACUAUGAUGCUAUUCUUGCUCCAAUGUAUGCUGUGUCUAAUAGUGAUGAGGGUGAGUGUUACCUGUGUGUUCCGCCUGACCCGGGCAUUGAGGCUGCUGCUCUAGGUGCUGGUGAGGCUGCUGCUCUAGGCGCUAGUGCGUCUGCUGCCCCAGGCGUGGCAUCACCAGUUCCCUGA